AUGCCUCUCUCCAACAAAAGGAACAACGCCCUCGCAGCAGAGCAACAAGCAGCACACACCACCAACAUGAACAACAACCCCCAAUCCAACCUCCCCGGCCCAGCCCCCUUCACCGCCGGCCCUCACCGUCACGACAUCGUGAACAAGCUCGACCCCACCGUCGACAGCGGCACCGGCGGCAUGCAGGUCCUCUCCUCCGCGCCCAACACCACCAACGCCGCCGCGGGCGUCUCCGGCAUGCCCGCCACCGGAGGGUCGACGGCCCUGGGCAGCAACAACCCCUACGGCACUCAGACUCAGCCGGUGCACAACUCCCGCAUGGCCAACGCCCUUGACCCCCGCGUCGACUUCACCCAGCAGCAGCAGCAGGGCGGCGCAAACUACUACACAAAGGGCACCAACGUCGUCCCCGGCGGAACAGCGGCGGGCGCCACGCCCCGCCACGUCCCCGAGGGGACCUACGGGCCGCACGGCUCCCGCAUGGCCAACGCCGCCGACCCGCGCGUCGACUCGGACGCCGACCGUCACCGGAUAGGCGGCACCACCAGAGCCGGAGCGGCAGCGGGAAGCGUAGGGGGGGCAACGGGCGCGGGAGCAAACGCCAAGCCCAUCUACCCUCCCGGCGUGGGCGGCCCUGCGCCUACGACGGCGGGCCCGCACAGGCAUGAUAUCCUGAACAAGCUUGAUCCGACGGUCAACAGUCAGAAGGUGGCUGGUGUUGAUUCGACCGGCCACAGGGUCGUCUAA